AACUAAAACCAUAAAACUGUGUUAGAGAUGAUGGUUUAGUUGUUGUUUUGUUUAUUCUUUCUAACUAUUUGGGUUAAGCUCGUAAUGUAAUUAUAAUUGCUGAUUAUUAUAUGAGAUUGUAUGUUUGUUCCAAUGACGUCCGAUAUCAUUGGUCCGGCACUGCCUCCUGGCUUUAAAUCUGUUAAAGAGCAAGACCAGGAUGUACCAGCAGGGCCAGCAUUGCCUCCAGGGUAUGUUUCUGACAGCUCAGGAAGCUUGGAUACAAGUGAAGAAGAUGACUGCAGUGAGAAGGUUGUUGGACCGUCCUUGCCACCAGGAUUUACAAAGAAGCAUUCUAAAAAUAAGACUCACAGUGAUCCUAAAUCUAGUCAGAAAAUAUCUCAAGUUGUAAGUGAUGAUGACUCUGAUCAUGCAUUUUUUGGUCCUGCCCUUCCACCUGGCUUUAAAAAAGAAGCAUCUCCAGACAGACCUGUUAUAGGUCCUGCCUUACCACCAGGAUUCAAGAAAUCAGAACCAGAUUUGGGAAAGAGUAGCACUUUCACUGAGGCUGCAUUGUUACAAGGAUAUACUGAAAAGGAAAAGAAAGAAGCAAAAUCGCAUGCUGGCAAAAAGCAUGAAGAGAAGCCCGCAGUUUCAGAGUACGACAGAAAACUGAAAGAACAAGUGACUGAAUACAAUAAUUCUUCCAGAUCAGAGUCACUCCUUGACAUGCACCGUAAGAAGCUGAAGAGGAAGGCUGAAAAAGAGAAGGGUAAGCCAGAAGAGAGAAAGCCAUUCAACCGUGAGGAAGAUCUUCAGGUUCACAGAUUUGAUGAAGCUCAGAAAAGAGCUCUGCUGAAGAGGUCCCAAGAGCUAAACACCAGAUUUUCACACAGCAAAAGCAAUAUGUUUUUGUAAUAUAGUAUUGUGCCACUUAAGGAAUUGCCCUUAUAGUUUUCCCUGCUCUUCUGUUUAUCUUGGUUUUACAAUGCAUCUCUAAUUGCCGCAAGUUGCGUUUAAUUAUAGUAUUGUUCUAGACAUCUGUUUUUCAAGCUUUUGGUGCCAGAUAAAUGUAGUUUUUCUAAAAUCUCUUGCCUUCCUGUAUUUUAUAUUUUUUUCUCUGGAAGGUGAAAGAGUACACAAACCCAUAAAGCCUGUUGCUCAUUAAGGGUUUAAUUUGUGUCUUCAUUUCUCCGCUACUGCCUGAGCUUGUCAUUCCAGAUGACCUUCAUUCUUUCUCAUACAUCCCUGGAUUCCAUGAUUGUUUUUUCACACCACUAUGGACAAUAGACCACUUCAGAAUUUUAUUACAUACAUCAUAAGGAUAUAGUUUUAAUGAUUAUCUGUAUGCAGUUUCACAACAAUGAUUAAGGCUAUGAGCUGUUAAUGUGCUUCAUCUUGUUUACUUAGUUUCCAUUCACCUAUUUAACCUACUAUGUGUCUCAGAGCAAGUCAUUUAAGAUACUACUAGGGCAGAAACUGAAAAUACAUUUUUUUAAUCUUUUUACUUUUUUUGGAGUGUUUUCUUUGGCUUAUUUUUAACUUGCCAUGAAGUUAUACGCAGUCCAAACAAAUCAAUACUUUAAUAACUGUUUAUCGCUAAUUUUAAUUUUGUUUCAAAACCUGCAAGCUGGGCAUGUUGACAUGCUUUUGUUUUCUUGGAAGCUGCUUUUACACCUAAUGCUCUGUGAGAGUAGAGCUAAUAAGAGCAAUUCACGCUAGCCUUUCCUGUCAGAUCACAGUUGCAGUCACUUAAUAUACAAACAGUGAUGAGGUGUUAUUUUUUUGAGAAUCUGCAGUAAAUGUUCGUGAAUGGUUUGCAGUGACUUGUAUAUUUCUUUCCUGUGUAUGUGGUAUACAGUGUUUGUAGACAUGCAAAGAAAUAGCUGUGAUGACACAGCAUUUUAAAAACUGGAA